AACAUUUGUCAAUACAGACUGAGACAUACUGUUGAUUUCCCGCUGAAAACAUGCCCUGAAUGUGAAAUCACAGACUCCCUUUCCAUGUGGGCUCUCCUUGUAAGAAGAACCUGGGCUGAAGAGUGGGUUUUUGGAGGGUUUUUUUUUGACAGCUAGAGGAACCGCUUUUCGCAAUGUCCCGUAGCGUUGCAUGGCGUCGAGCGAUCAGCGACGCUGCCAGCUGGCGUCAGGAUCAAGCGUUAAACGCCACAAUGUACAUCCUCAGACAAACUGGACCCACAGGAUUCCUGCUGAAAGAGGAAGGGGAGACGAAAAAGUUUAAGGUCUAUCUUGGAGACCCCCACAAAUGUAGCUGCUCUGUGUUUGGUAAAGAGAAGGAUGUGUGCAAGCACAUCUGCUGGCUUUUACUGAAGAAAUACAGAGUCCCACGACAUGAUCCAGUGUCCUGGCAGUUAGGGCUUGUGGAAAGGGAGAUAAAUGCUGUGUUACGUGGUCAGAUGGCUCCUGAUGCCACCAGGGCACGCCAGCGUCACACACCUGUUCACAAAAAACUGAUCACCAAUGCCGCUGAUGGACGAACAGUGCUUGAACAGAAGGAAAUAUCUGAGGAAGACGUGUGUCCAAUUUGUCAAGAAGAGCUGUUGGAGAAGAAGCUGCCAGUGACAUUUUGCAAGUUUGGCUGUGGAAACAGUAUCCACAUCAAGUGUAUGAAGGUUUGGGCCGAGCACCAAAAAUCACAAGGGGAGACAACCAUAAAAUGUCCAUUGUGUCGGGAAGACUUUGGUCCUUUUGAGCUGCUGCGCCAGGAAGGACGUAAUGCGGACCAAACUGGGCGGGGCACGGGAAGCCACACCCACCUAGAUAGACAUUUAGGGACGACAUGCAGGGCGUGUCACAUGAACCCUAUCAUCGGCAAAUGUUACAGGUGUUGUGUAUGUGCAGAUUACCACCUGUGUCAGGCCUGUUUUAACACCCCCAUCCACACUGAUCACGCCUUUCAGUUCAGACAGAAACGCAAUCAAAGAUGGCGUCCAGCACAGCGAACUCUGGGUUUUUCCCUACCAGAGGCAGUAAUGAAUGAUCUACUGAACAGGGAAAUAUCAGAGAAUGACUAUGACUUGUUGUUACAGCUUGACAGCCAGGGUGAGGCUGGUCUGAGGAGUGUGCCUGAGGAAGCUCUGGAGUUAUUCCCCUUGGAGCGGGUGCGUGAGAGCAGCCAGUGCCUGGCCCCCGGGGUACAGUGUAGGAUGUGUCUGAGGGGAUACCAGGUGGGGCAGUACCUGAGGAAGCUGCCCUGUAAACACAAGUUUCACCGUGACUGUAUAGACCCCUGGCUACUUCACUCUCAUGUCACCUGUCCAGUUGAUGGUCAAGUGGUUUGGACUCCGAGUGACCAGCACUCAGAAACUGGAGAAAUGCCCAGCACCCAUGGUCAACUAAACAGGCGGGAGGGUUCUGUUCACUCUGAUCCAGGCCACCUGGAGAUCCCAGGGGUGGGGCUGGCCAGGCUCCACUCAUUAGGCAGCAGGGUUAGGGGUCCUGCUUCACCCUCACAGAGUGAGCCAUCAAGCCACAGGCCACGCCCCACCAUACCCAACUACAGGGAUGGGGAAGUGCCAACAGGACUGUCAGGAAUACUGUUUGGCCUGAAUGGAACAGCCCUCACAGGAAAUUCUGGGCCAUCAGGGGAGAUAACAACAUCUUCCAGAAAUCACGAGUCAGACAGCAUUUUAGGCAACAGGCUGCUGGCUAGAGCUCGGAUACGCAGGAAGCGGAUCAGUCAACAGUUGGCUAACAUUCCCUCUGAGCGGAUACAUGUGGAUCCCGUGGCACCAUCAAUCCCGGCUCCUCACGGAUUGGAUGGCAUCUCAGCGGGCUUCUCCACCAGUCAAUGUGCUGGUGCACAAGGCCCUCGGGUGGCAGGCAGGCCUCCGAAAGCACAGACAACUCCUGAUGGUAAGUGUAUUAGGGCAUUCCUAAUGUUACAGGUGUUAGCUGUGUAA